GAAGAAAUGGACAAUAUCAGUAGAAGAAAAAUGGUUCUAAGCUGAGUGAGUUUUGACUUACAUCUAAUACGAGUCUCUCUGGGGAGAGAGAGGAGGAGACCACUUCCUCUAAAAUGAGUCUCUUUGGGGAGAGAGAGGAGGGGACCACUGCCUCCAAAAUGAGUCUCUCCGGGGGGAGAGAGGAGGGGACCACUGACUCUAAAAUGAGUCUCUCUGGGGAGAUAGAGGAGGAGACCACUGCCUCUAAAAUGAGUCUCUCUGGGGAGAGAGAGGAGGGGACCACUGCCUCCAAAAUGAGUCUCUCCGGGGGGAGAGAGGAGGGGACCACUGACUCUAAAAUGAGUCUCUCUGGGGAGAUAGAGGAGGAGACCACUGCCUCUAAAAUGAGUCUCUCUGGGGAGAGAGAGGAGGGGACCACUGCCUCUAAAAUGACUCAAUACACCAGUUCUAAGUGUGUCCAGAAGCCCAGAGCAGAGUCACCUACAACCAGCCUGCUAUCAAUGAAGAGUGAUCAGCCACCUGCUUUCAGCCAGGAACCAUUACCAGAUGACAAUAAGGAAGUCCAAAGUUUGGACAGUGAGGAUGUAUUAAAGAUCACACACAACCUUCUGGACAGAAGAAGUCAAUCUCUGCUGACAGUCCAACAAGACAUUAAGGCUAAACUGAAACACAAGUAUCAACACAUAUCUGAAGGAAUUGGACACCAUGGAAACCAAAGUCUGUUCAAAGACAUCUACACAGACCUCUACAUCACAGAGGGUGGAAGUGGAGGGGUCAGUAAUGAACAUGAGGUUAGACAGAUAGAGAUGGCAUCCAAGAAACUAACCACACAAGAGACACCAAUCAAAUGCAACGACAUCUUCAAGCCUUUACCUGGACAAGACAAACCUAUCAGAACUGUGCUGACCAAAGGAAUCGCAGGCAUUGGAAAAACAGUCUCUGGGCAGAAGUUCAUCCUUGACUGGGCAGAGGGAAAAGCAAAUCAGGACGUUCAUUUCAUGUUUCCUCUUCCUUUCCGUGAUCUGAACCUGAAAAAGGACCAAUACAGUCUGAUGCAACUUCUUUCCCACUACUUCUCAGAGCUGAAAGAGAUUGACAGCAUUGAAGAUGGUGAAACCAAAACUGUUUUCAUUUUUGAUGGUCUGGAUGAGUGUCGACUUCCUCUAGACUUCAAAAACAAUGAGAAGUGCUGUGAUGUCACGGAGCCAACCUCAGUGGACGUGCUGCUGACAAAUCUCAUCAAGGGGAAUCUGCUUCCCUCUGCUCUCAUCUGGAUAACCUCAAGGCCUGCAGCAGCCAAUCAGAUCCCUCCUGAGUGUGUUGACCAGGUGACAGAGGUACGAGGGUUCAAUGAUCCACAGAAGGAGGAGUACUUCAGGAAGAAGAUCCCAGAUCAGAAUCUGGCCAAUGAAAUCAUCAAACACAUGAAGACAUCAAGGAGCCUCCACAUCAUGUGCCACAUGCCAGUCUUCUGUUGGAUAUCAGCCACUGUCCUUGAGAUGAUUCUGAAAGAGGCAGAGAAGGAUGAAGUCCCCAAAACUCUGACACAGAUGUACUCACACUUCAUGAUCCAAAUCAUUGUGAAGAACAGGAAGUACAACAAAGCCACAGAGACAAACCCAAAGGAACUGUCUCAGUCAGACAAAGAGAUGAUCCUUAAACUGGCAAAGCUGGCUUUCCAACAGCUGCAGAAGGGCAACCUGAUCUUCUAUGAGGAGGACCUGAGAGAGUGUGGCCUUGAUGUCACAGAGGCAUCAGAGUACUCAGCAUUGUGUACAGAGAUCUUUAAAGAAGAAUCUGGGCUGUACCAAGACAAGGUCUACAGCUUUGUGCAUCUGAGCAUUCAGGAGUUUCUAGCAGCAGUGCAUGCUUUAGAAUCAUGUCUGGGCAAGAAGGAAAAUGUUUUCUACCCCAAAGGAGUCACUAAGCGUCAAGAUUACUAUGAAAACAGCCGAUUCAAAUUCUGGUCAUGCAAGUUGAAGCCUGACAAGUUAACGUCAAUCGAUGAUAAUAAUUCCGAUGAUGAUGAUUCCGAUGAAGACAAAAAGGAUGACAAUGAUGAAGAGGAGUCAAUCCAGUUGUCUGACUUACACAGGAGUGCAGUGGACCAGGCCUUGAAGAGUGAGAUUGGACACCUGGACCUGUUCCUCCGCUUCCUUCUGGGUCUCUCACUGGAGUCCAAUCAGAAUCUGUUACGAGGCCUUCUGACACAGACAGGAUGUACCACACAGACCAAUGAGGAAACAGUUGAGAGAACAGUCAGGUACCUUACAGACAACAUCAACCAGGAAUCCUCACCAGAAAGGAUCAUCAACUUGUUCCACUGUCUGAAUGAACUUGAUGCCAAUUCUCUAGUUGAAGACAUGCAGACCUCCCUGCGAUCAGGAACUCUUUCAGAAACAGAGCUAAAACCUGACCAAUGUUCAGCCCUGGCCUACCUGUUACUGAUGUCAGAGGAGGUGCUGGAGGAGUUUGACCUGAAGACAUACAACACAUCAGAGGAAGGUUAUCAGAGGUUGCUGCCCGUAGUGAGAACCUGCAAGAGAGCACUACUGGAUGGCUGUAAACUCACAUAUAAAUCCUGUGAGACUCUGGCCUCAGCUCUGCAGACACCAAACUCCCCCCUGAGAGAACUGGACCUCAGCUACAAUGACCUGGGAGACAGAGGAGUGGAGCUGCUCUGUGUUGGACUAACCAGUCCACUCUGCAACAUACAGACACUAGUUCUGGGUCAGUGUGGUCUGACAGAGGGUUGCUGUUCAGAUCUGGCCUCAGUCCUGAGUUCACCCAGCUCACAACUGAAACAACUGGAGCUGAGAGACAAUGACCUGCAGGACUCAGGAGUUACACUGCUGUCUGCUGGACUGAAGGAUCCAGACUGUAAACUACACACACUGGGGCUGUCUGGCUGUCUGGUCACAGAGGAGGGCUGUGCUGCUCUGUCUUCAGCUCUGAGUUCAAACCCCUCCCACCUGAAAGAGCUGGACCUGAGCUACAAUCACCCAGGAGACUCUGCAGGGGGACUGCUUUCAGCUGCUCUGGUGGAUCCCACAUAUAAACGGAUGAAGCUGAAUGUGGAUCAUGGUGGAGAGUGCAGGCUGAAAUCAGGGCUGAGGAAAUAUGCCUGUUAUCUCACCCUGGACCCAAAUACACCACACCCAAACCUGAGACUGUCUGAGGGGAGCAGGAAGGUGACACGGGUGGUGGAGGACCAGCAUUAUGAAGACCAUCCAGACAGAUUUGAUUGUCAUUGCCAAGUUGUCUGCAGUGAAGUCAUUUCUGGAGGUCGUUAUUACUGGGAGUUGGAGAGGGAUGGUGACAUGGCUGACAUUGGUGUCGUGUACAAAGGAAUGAAGAGGAAGGGACGGGAGGAUGACAGUUGGAUUGGACUCAAUAGGAAGUCCUGGUGUUUAUACUGCUAUGAUAGUGCUUAUGAAUUUAUCCAUGCUGGAGUCAGCAGAUCCAUCUCUGGUCGUUAUUCUCACAGAGUUGGAGUGUAUCUGGACUGGCCAGCUGGUACUUUGUCCUUCUAUAGUGUGUCCUCCUCUGGUACACUGACACACCUUCACACAGAACACACCACAUUCACUGAACCCCUCUAUCCUGGAUUUGGGGUUUACUCCUCCUCCUCAGUGACCCUGUGUCAGAUAGAUGACCAACACAUUCAGAGAGACCAUGGUGGAGAGAGUUGGACCAAGCCUGGACCUGAGAACACCAGAGACCAUCGUGGAGAGAGUUGGACCAAGCCUGGACCUGAGAACACCAGAGACCAUUGUGGAGAGAGUUGGACCAAGCCUGGACCUGAGAACACCAGAGACCAUCGUGGAGAGAGUUGGACCAAGCCUGGACCUGAGAACACCAGAGACCAUCGUGGAGAGAGUUGGACCAAGCCUGGACCUGAGAACACCAGAGACCAUGGUGGAGAGUUUUGGAUCAAACCUGGACCUGAGGACACAAGAGACCAUGGUGGAGAGAGUUGGACCAAGCCUGGACCUGAGGACAACAGAGACCAUGGUGGAGAGUGUUGUAUCAAGCCUGGACCUGAGGACACCCGAGACCACGGUGGAGAGUGUUGUAUCAAGCCUGGACCUGAGGACACCCGAGACCAUGGUGGAGAGUGUUGUAUCAAGCCUGGACCUGAGGACACCCGAGACCAUGGUGGAGAGUGUUGUAUCAAGCCUGGACCUGAGGACACCCGAGACCAUGGUGGAGAGAGUUGUAUCAAGCCUGGACCUGAGGACACCAGAGACCAUGGUGGAGAGAGUUGGAUCAAGCCUGGACCUGAGGACACCAGAGACCAUGGUGGAGAGAGUUGGAUCCAUCCUGGACCUGAGGACACCAGAGACCAUGGUGGAGAGAGUUGGAUCAAGCCUGGACCUGAGAAUACCAGAGACCAUGGUGGAGAGAGUUGUAUAAAGUCUGGACCUGAGAAAUGGAUUCCUCAGAGCUGUAAGACUUGUGACCAUGUUGAGGACUCCACACACUGGCUUCAGAUUGAACCCUUGACUUCCUCUGUCCAGGGAGUGACAAUGUUCAGGCACAGGACACCCAAAGGGAGUUAUGAGUGCACAGUGUCUGGGCUCCGCUGGCUGUGUGAGAGAGAUGUCAUUCUGAAGUAUCACUUCAGGAACUGGGAACCCUACAGUCAACUUCAGAAAGACAUGCAGUACACACAAGGUGGUCCAUUGCUGGACAUCACUAUGGAGUUAGGUGAACUGGAGGAAGUUCAUCUGCCACACUUUGUCUGUUUAGGGACCAACCCUUCCCUGAGGAAUGAGAUGAAGAUUCUUCAUGUAGAGGAACAUGGAGUUUCUUUAGAGGAAGUGCAUGAGGUCACCAGAUUCCAUGUUAAGAUUCUCCAUCCCAAGUUCUCAGCUAUCUCUCUGAUACUGAGAUUACUGUCUUGGAACGUAGACGUCCACUGUGAGCUGAUGCUCUAUCUGUCAGUGAUGAAGGAAACACUAAUUCCACGCCUAUACCUGUUCCCCAGUAACCCCGGGCAAAUACUGGUUGUGGAACAACAGGAAACAAAGUUUCAAGGGUCUAAAAGGAUUCCCAUCACAAGACCAGAGCGGUCCUUCAAACUGAAUAGUUACUUCAGACUGAACAUUCCCUGUUCUACUGCCAUCAAUCCACCGAGGAUUCAUCUCAUACAAAGAGACACCACACCAAGCUUUUUCAAGGCGGUUGUGAAAAUGACAGGGAUUGACAUUGAGAUGGAGUUAUUCGGUGAUGAUGAGAGGACAGUAUGGAAAGAAAUAGUAUCACGAGAUGAAUACAUCUCUGACACCCGUUCAACAAAUGAGUACUAUCAGGACCAAGCAUUAACACUCUCUGGGAUUCCUGCUGAGGAGUUUCUGAAGAAACACAGGGCUGAACUCAUUCAGGGAGUCAAAAACCCAAUGCCAAUAGCAGAUGUUCUGUUGUCAAAGAGCAUGAUUGGUGAUGAAGAGUACUCCAGAAUAAAAGCUGAAACAACUGAACAGGAGCGAAUGAGAGAACUACUGAAUGCAGUCCUCCCUAAAGGACCAGAAGUGAUGGGAGCUUGUCUCAAAGCUCUCAGUGAACACGAACACCAUCUUGUUAAGUUCUUGAGUGAAUCUAGCACCUAAUCUAAAGAUGCUGAGGCCUGUCUCCUAGUCUGUGGACAAAGACACCUCUUCACCUAAUCUGAAGAUGCUGAGGCCUGUCUCCUAGUCUGUGGACAAAGACACUUCUCCUAAUCUGAAGAUGCUGAGGCCUGUCUUCUAGUCUGUGGACAAAGACACUUCUCCUAAUCUGAAGAUGCUGAGGCCUGUCUUCUAGUCUGUGGACAAAGACACUUAAAUGAUUUUAAGGGAAAUGUUUGUUUGUGCUAUUCUUUUAACAAAUGUCUGUGUUUUAUUCAUGUGCUGUUCUGUAAACUAAUUUGUGUGUUCAUGCAAGUGGCUGACUGUAGAAAUCCUCACUAUCAGUAGCUGUAAUUUGGCAGUAAGGCCAGACGUUGGUUUGAGAACGAGAUAUCUCAGUUUCAAGGUCUCAGCUUAGAGAGAAGAAGUCUCAUGAGGUGUUGGUCUGUCAAAUGUUAUGAACCAGUAUUGGUCGGUCACAUGAAUGAAGCAAACAGUAAUGAUUCAUUAAUUAUGCAAAAUCAUGCAAAUGUAACCUGUCUGUGUAUAGCUAUAUAUAAGAAAUGCUGGGGCUGCCCCAGGCAUAGCCUCUGAUUGACAUGUGUACUAUGGUGCAUUGAGUUGGUUGGAACCUCUCCAGCUCACUGACAAUAAAUAAUGAUUCAUUUAA